GGGUCUUUUAGUGGGAUCUAUAACCACAAGGUCACUUGUGGUCCGUCGGUGAGGAACGAUGCACAGUUCUGCUUUCAGCCAUACUGAACCUAUGACUCUAGGUUCUCCUCCAGUAAACUCGAUUGGGACAGGGUCAAGUACUUCACCAGGCACUUGCCAAUAUCUUCCAGGAUUUUUAAUGAGUGAAAAUCCACAGGUCCUAGAGACGGUAUCGACAAGCUCAGAAUCUAAAGUUUCACGCCAAAAUGCAUUUUCACUUUCUGGGAAUUCGCACAAUAUACCAGCUUCACAGUAUAACAACAAACUGCAACCACGCUAUUUAAGUCAAGCUCAUGAGUCAAUUGGACGUCGUUUAACAUCACCUCCUACACGAAGUAUGUGGUCAACCGUUGGUGGUGCUGGUGUCCGUUCAAAGCCCAGCGCAGACAAUUUCGGUGGAAUAAAACACAGUACACCAAAUUACACUCUUGGUUCAUCGACGAAUCCUCCUGUAAAACAAAUAGGUGUUAGUCCUUUCCAGUCACCGGGUGAUUCUAGUUAUCAUCGAACACCUUUGCAUAAUGUUGUAAAUAAUCGCCCACUUUUAGUUGGGUCACCACUCCAUAAUAACAGUAUUCUUGCAAAUAUAAACGAUGGGAAUAAGAAGCAAGAUGUUAUUAGUACACCUGAUCGUUUAGCGGAGGCUUUGCUUUCACAUCGAAGUUCCAACGACUUUGAUAAUGCGAAUCCACACGAUUGUUGGGUAACUGUUUUCGGGUUCCCUCCAUCACGAGCUGCAUUUAUUCUUAACCAGUUCGCUCAAUUGGGUACAAUAGAAAAACAUGUGAUUACAAACAGUGGCAAUUGGAUGCAUAUUAAAUAUCAAAAUAAAAUGCAAGCUCAUUGUGCUUUAAGUAAAAAUGGCAAAGUAUUCGGGGAUAAUACCAUGGUCGGUGUAUCAGUCUGUAAUGAUUCGGAAGUUAUGAAUGAUGACAAGUGUGGUCUGUUUUCAAAGCAAACAAACCCAUGUAGCAUGAAUGAUUCCUUAUUUCUUAGUCCGUCAAAUGGUCAUCACAAUCCAAUGAAUAUGAAACGUACUACUGAUGAAAACUGUAAAACAACAACCGGUGCAAUGAAUAAAACACCAUUACGCGAUUUAAGCGGACUAAGGUCAUUGAAUGGUGUCGUCGGCGUUGGUAAUGGUGCAACUAACUCUGGCAUUGAUUCUGCUAAUAUUUUUACAGACAAAUCAGCAAAUAAUAUUGGAAGACAUAAUUCUAUGCGAUCACUAGCUGCAUCGACACGACCAACAAAUUUAUCACGAACUACGAGUGUUCGACAGGAUAGAGAUUCAGGAUUAUUUUCUAAAGCAUUAGGUUAUAUGUUUGGCUGGUCAUAGAAACAAAAAAAAACCACUUGACAUAUCUGUAUUCCCAUUCAAUAGACUGAUUUGUUUAAAUGUAUCAUUUAUUGUCGUUGAUCCAUGUCUCAAUAUUACAUACAAUCAGUUUCUUCUUUUUUUUUUUUUAAAAUAAACAGUUAUUGUUUCACCUUCUUUUUAACCAUUUGUGAAAUAGAAGUAUUGAAUUAUCUUUAUACAACAAUCUUAUUCUUAAUUUUUUUUGUUCACCUUAUUAUUCAAAAGAUUUUAUGAAGUAAACUACAAUAAAAAAAGUAUUCGGUAUUAUUUGUUGAGUCUUAACCGGGUUGAUGGACAUGGAGAGUCCACCUAGGCGAGUUGGAACACCUUGAUUUCAAACCAAUGGGCUCCAGUAUCCUGAAGCAACAAA